AUUUGCUAGGCAUUGUGGGUGGCCGGCCGGGGUCUCCUGGAGACGACUAUGGCCGGGGAUGCGGGAGGUCGUGGUUGCCCAGGCUCGGAGAUGCUCCUGCACCCGGAGCUGCUGUCCCAGGAGUUCCUGCUGCUCACGCUGGAGCAGAAGAAUAUAGUUGUUGAAGAGGAAAUAAAGAUCAACAAAGAUGACCUUACUGAUCUCUAUGUUCAACAUGCCAUACCAUUGCCACAAAGGGAAUUACCAAAAAGUAGAUGGGGGAAAAUGAUGGAAAAGAAAAGAGGACAAAAUGAAUUGAAAAACGAGCAUAAAAGGGAUAUAAGUGUGGAAGGUUUACGGAAAAGACCCCUCAUUGUCUUUGAUGGAAAUUCAACAAGUACAAGCAUAAAAGUGAGAAAGACUGAAAAUGGAGCUAAUGAUCGUCUGAAGCCUCCAUCAGUAGGCAUUACUAACAAUACUUUUAGAAAGUUAUCAAAUUCAAAUGCUUCCUCCUUUAUUCUGCCUUCCACCUUGCCUACAGACAUUAAAGUGGAAACCAAUAAUGACACUAAACAAAACCAUGUGCUAAUGACUAGUAGGAGUACAUUGGCCAAUGUGAAAUCACCACCUUUAUCUCCUGUUGGGGCAACUACUGUCGUGAAAUUAAAGAGAACUGCUCCGAAAGAAGAAGCAGAAUCAGUGAGUGAAUUAAAACCAACAGAAGCAAAGAGGAAGAUCCAACAUGUUACAUGGCCAUGAAUGAAUGGGUUUCCCCAAAAUGUAAAUAUAUCUUAUAACCAUAGAUUUCAUUAUAAAAAGGUCACAUUUAUUGACCAGUUUAAGUACUAUAUUUACAGGGGUUCUGAUUGCUAUGGAAUUUUCUUAAAAGGUUUAAGACUGCCUUGCAGAUAAGUUCCAAAAAUUUACCUUCCUCUUAAACAUUAUUCUUUGUAACCCUUCUCUCUCAUACACUAGUAAUCAAAUAGUUAAAAAAUCAAUAUUUUUUUAAAUAAAGACCUGCUAUGUCAUUAAUCACCUUGGCAAAAUGACUAUUUGCAAGUUCGAUAAUAGGCUUCCUGAUACAGCACAGAGAUAGCUUUCACCUAACAAUUUCAGAAGGUGUGACAAUUUUCUAAAUUUUUGUUCAUUUCCUAUUUUUUGUUAUAGACUGGAUUUCCUCUGUCAUUGUGGAAGAAUGUCAUAUAGAUGUAUCAGCAAAUAUUAUUAAACUAAUUCCCAAGAUAUUACCUAGUAAGGUGAUUUCAUAAUAUGGUUCUAAAUAUAAUCAGAAUUUACCUGUAAACCGCUGUUGCUUUUAUGGUCUUUUAGCCAUAGGUGACAAAAGGAAGCAGCUAUUCCUACUUUCAUUACUGGAACUAGUAAUAAUGGCAGACUAGUUUAAUUAUGAAUUUAUUGGGUAUGAUAAUGUUUAAAAUUUACCCAUCUGUGUGUCAUCCUUUGAUCUAUUGUCAUGAUCUUAUAGUUGAGAAAGUACAGAUAACAGUCAUUGCAAGUGAAUUUGAAGUUAAAGAAAUUUUGAACAUACAAAAAUGAUCAACUCACAUUUAAUCUAAAGGGUCUAUUAAAAUAGUAGCAGCUGUUGACAAUAUGUGCUUUGGCAGGCACCCCCAUUAGAUUGUCAAUACUCCUAGGUAAGAAAAAAAAUGUAUUAGUUGUAUGUAGAGGCAAAGGGAAAUGGUCUGGGAUAAGUAGGAGAGAAAAUUUUGGAGCUAGAAAUUUGCUACAAAGGAAAUAUGAACUGCCUGAUUUAACUCUUAAUUAGUAUAACACUGCUGGUUAUAUUUUAAUGGCCUGUCAUAUGAGUGGCCAUUGUCUUAACUCUUUAAUCACCAAAAUGUAUUAAUUUAUUGAAUAAUUUGUUUCAGUGGAUAUGCAUAUCUGAUUUUUCAGUGAAAGCCAGUGGUAAAAGAAGGAUUCACUUUACAUUAAUAUGCUUUACAUCUAACUUUUCUUGAAAACAUUGCUUACGUAAAGUUACUUGUACGGUUGAUCUUCAACUUGGGGUAGGGUUUUUCCACCAUUCUGUAGAGUAGAACCAUUACCUUUUGAUGCUAAGCUUAUUUGCUUGAGUUUAGUUCUUAAGGAGCCUUAUAAAUUGUAAUUUACUUUUGUGGAUAAACAUUUUAUUAAAUUCCAACCCAUGAUUUCUUUUUUUUAAACAUCAUAUACCCUCAUCUAAAGCUGUAUAACCUGUACUAUGUAUAGUAAAAUAAAUAAAGCUAGGUGUUGAUGAUUUUUGAAUAUAUGGUAAUCUGCAAGGCUGAUUUAUGUGAUCUUGGAGGGCAACUACAUUCAUAAAUGUAAAUGAGUAUUUACACAACUGCAAAUUUGGAGUAGUAUGAUAGAUUAUAGUCUGUAGUCACAUUUAGCUUUCAUUUCCAUUUCUCUCAGUUGAGUGAAAAUUAUCCUAUUGGCAGUUCUUAGUCAAUGGAAACAUUCAUUGUAUUUGCUUUUAUUACUCGAUGAAAUUAAUUUCUUAUUUGUGUGUUUAACAUACAGGUUAAGUUGGUAAUAACAGCUGAACUGUGUAACACCAUUGCUUCAAAUUGAAGUUUAUAUUAUGAUCAUUCAGAGUAAAUGCACAUAUGGCAGCACAUUAUUAAGCUAUUUUUUCUGUUUGAAACAUUGUGGAGAAGUCAGAAUAGAAGAGUGCCAUGCCACGUACGUAUGUAAUAUGAGCAUCUUUUCAAGGUAUAGAUGCAUUUUCUCUUUCUCCACAUAAUAAUGCACGUUAAAAGACAGGUGUUAGAGAGUAAAAGUGUUGGAAGCUGUGUUUAAUUUUUUGUGUAAUGUGUUUAUGUCUCUCUUUUUAUGAUGGUUUUAAAGGAUUUUGGAAAAACUUGGUUUGAACUUAGAAGAACUUCUUUCCAGAUAUUCCUUUAUUCAAUGAUAUUUUUUUCAUGUCUAAGUCACAACUUAUUCUACCAUCCAUGAGAGCCAGAUUCUCUUAGUGUAGGGGUAGGCAAUAUGGUAUUGGUGUCACUAUGUGGCCUGAUGAAAUUUUAGUGGCAUUGUAUCACUUCUCCCAUCACAUAAUAUCUUUUUUCUUUAUUUUUUUUUAAAAUUCCUUUUUCCUUCCUCUUAAGUUUCCUUUCGUUUUCCUAUUUUUUUCCCUUUCUCCACUGCCUAAAGCUUGAGUCUUUCCAAUGGAUCCCUUGGGCAUUCCUAUUGAUGACAUUGAGGGCAGAAGGGAUUACUUGCUCCUUCCUUUUCUCUAAGCUCUGGGUGUUGCUUUUACUUUUGAGCCAAAAGGCUCCUGUAACCUACAGAUAGCAUUGUACAGAAUACAAAAUAGCAUCACUGGUCUAAAAAAGUAAUGUACCAUUCUCAUAUUAAAACCUAGAAAGUUACUAGGCACUAAGAGAAGCUGGCUCAACUAAUAUUAUGACCAUGUUCUGUAUGUCUUUAUUGAAGCUCUUUACAAUGUGCUUCUUGGGAAAAGGGUCCUAAAAGUGAUCUGAAAGCUCAUGAAGUAACAAUUACCUUUUUAAAAGUUUACAUUAAGUAAAAAUACCAAUAGAUUGUCAUAAAUAUGUAUUAACUUUCUUUCUUCACUAUUGUGGAUUUUCAAUUACAUUUAAAUGCUGUAAAAUGGUCAAAAUGUUCUUUUUUUAAAAAAUGUGCUCUUUUACUAAAUACUUGUGCAGGUUUUGUACUUCAGUACAGGAAAGUUUAAUAUUGUAAUGUACAUUUUUUUGUAUGUAAAGAUUCUUUUAAGUAGCCUUAUCCUUAUUUAAAUAAAAUUAAUUCAACUCUA